AUGGAUACAUCAUCGACAGGAUUGCGAUGGACAGAAUGGCUACAAGGAUGGCUUCGCUUGACAUGUGAGACACUUUUUCAGAAAAUCCAUGCAAAACAUUUGCAGGAGCCUUUACCUUUGCCUCCUCUCAAUGGCAUAAAUUGCAUUGUCACAGGAGCCACUAGUGGAAUUGGACUUGAAAUUGCUACGCAAUUAGCUGAGUCAGGGGCACAUCUUGUCAUGGCUGUAAGAAACACAAAUCUUGCACAUCAACUCAUCCAGAAAUGGCAAAGAAAUCAAAUUGACUCGAGGCCCUUAAGCGUCGAUGUUUUGGAGCUUGAUCUCUCCUAUCUGGAAUCGGUUGUAAAAUUUGCACAAGUAUGGAAUUCAAAAUCAAAACCCCUUCAUAUUCUCAUCAAUAAUGCUGGAAUCUAUUCCAUAGGACAACCACAAAAAUUUACCAAAGACGGUUACGAAACACAUAUACAAGUGAACCAUCUUGCUCCAGCAUUACUAUCUAUUCUGCUCUUGCCUUCCUUGAAAAGAGGCUCUCCAAGCAGAAUUAUCAAUAUGAAUUCCCUUAUGCAUGUAAUUGGCUUUGUUGAUUCCCAAGAUAUGAAUUUUUUAACCAAGAAGAAUAAAUUCACGAGUCGAAAGGCUUACUCGAGUAGUAAGCUGGCACAAUUAAUGUUUAGCAGUAUACUUCAAAAAAUCCUGCCUGCUGAUACUAAUAUUCAUGUGUUGUGCGUAGAGCCAGGAGCUGUACGCACAAAUGUUACGAGAGAUCUUCCAAGAAUUUUGAAUAUUCUUUAUCAGCAAAUGUUCUUCUUCAUGUUUGAUGCUCAACAGGGUUCAAGAAGUGCACUUUUUGCAGCUACUGAUGUUGAUGUCUUGAAAUAUUGUGGAGAGUUGAAAGCAGAAGAGUGGCCUGUUUGUGCCUUCAUCGGUUGCCAUUGUGGAACGACGAAACCUAGCAAAGAAGCAUAUAAUGAGAGAACUUCUCAUCAAGUGUGGGAGAAGACAUUGGAAAUGGUUGGCCUUCCUACAGAUGUUGUUGACAUGAUUCUUCAAGGUAAAGAAAUUCAUUGUCGGUAUGGGGCUAACGAAGAUCAUUAA